GCAUCCUCGUUUCUGCCUGUUUCUCUGUCCUAAGCUCAUAAGGACGACAAAAGGCUGUCGUGCAAGCGUUUUUCUCAAAAUACUUAAAGGGUCGCUGCAUCAUCGGCUUCGACGUCUACUUGUCCCAUAUCAUCCAGCAUUACCAUUUGAUCUUUCUAUUACAACACCAAGUACUGCAUGCCCAGCAUUUGAGAACAUGGUGGAAUUCAAAUUUAUAAAUAACAACAUCAAGUCCUUUGGACAAUCUCGCAGUAAGGGGAAGACGCGAAAUCUCCAAAAAGAUCGGGAUCAAGAGCAGCGACAGGAAUUAGAAUCAAGACCGCGAAGUAUCAUGUCGCUGUUGGUGCCUGAGCAAAAUCUGGAAAGAACAAGAAAACCAGAUAGUUCGACUCCUUUGAUCACGAGCAACGUCACGAUUUCCCAGAAUACACUUGCUGCAGAUCAUUUGAAUGAGUCUAUUGAACCAAAUCAUACGUGUACCAGCGUUGGAGCAAACCAGCUCAACGGUCAUGUCCUGAUAGGCUGUCAUCACCCAAUGCAGCCGGACGAUCGUCCUCACCCCGCUGUCAUGAAUGGAUGUGAGUCUGAGGCUCGCGGGAGUCAAUCACGCGGUUACUCAAUAGCUGGUGAUAUGGACGCGAUAGUCCAAGUUGAACUUGGGCCGCCAAUGAGUACCGCCUCCCAAAAGGACUCUCAACAGUGCUCAGCAGCUCAAGGAACUCAGACAGACUUAGAAGCUGAAACUUUCAUCGCUACUUCUUCAAAUGAUGGCACGAUGAAUGGAAUAGAGAAUACCCACUUCGGACCAUCGACAUUACCUGACACAAUAUGUGCGACCUUAAAAGCGCGGGAUCUUCACACUAAACGUUUGCGUCGACAGCGGAGCAGAGAAGGCACGGAACAUUUCGACACAAUUUCACUUGAUCAAGAAAUGACAGAGUUUGAGUCAUCUGAUCCUGGGCGAGAUUUCGACCACGGAAACCAAUCACGGUCACACAUUCCCCGCGAGAGGGACUUCGCCGCAAAACAUGUACAUGCAAAUACUGGCUCGACGGAAGGAUCGGAAAACACCCGAGACACCUGUUUUCAAUCGAUCCUCAUAGGACAAGCAGACCAUUCGCGUUCAAAGACAAGAUCAUUUGUUUCACCAGACCAACCCAUCACCGAGUUCGAUCAAUGUCGUUCCGGGCCGCAAGAGUUGGCUGGUCAUCUGGAGAACAAAGGUUUUCUCCCAUGUCCUAGUUCGCAAUCGCUGCGUCAGUUGAAGUGUUGUCAGCAUUGUGGGUUUGACGCAAGACAAGUGUUAUACUUGACAGAAAAAGCCUUGCAAUUCUUCUCAUGUGAUGUUGUACCAUGGGACGAUCUCGUCAACAGAAGCGUGCCUUUAUCCGAUGGACAGAAGGCUACGGCUAUGCAGAAACUAAGUCUUUGGGCUUUGCGGGAUUAUGCUUUGGGAAUGACGGUGCCCAAGCAACGCGGAACGGAAACUCAGUCCGUGGACAGCGCAGACAGACCAACCAUGACUCAACCCGGCAGUGGCUAUAGGGGUACGGAAACGCCCAGUAUCAGUGCAUCUCUUGACGAAUCUCUCUCAAGCAAGCGAAUCGCAUGCUCAGAUGACUGGGGACUUUCUGACAUUGAGGAAGAAGACAAUUACACGCCUGCUAGUACACCACGCAACGCGACACUGAGGCAUCGUCAACGUGGCAGACCUCGGAAGGAACCUCGAAAAGGACCUCGAAAGGCUUGGUCCUCACUCGAAGAACACCGCCUAAGGGCAUACGUGAAAGAGAAGCAGGACUGGCCAGAGAUUGCAGAGAGGUUGGGUCGCAGCCAAGGCGCUGUUGAGCAGCACUGGCGUAUAAUGACCGAAAAGAGAAGGAGAAUGACAAAAUAGAACAGUCCAGAGACUGUCUAGGUUUAGCUCUAGCAUCUUUCGAGGAAUCGGAAUAGGUCUAGACUCCUAAUAGGCUCGAACUCUAUUCUCUUUUUAACCACGCUUUCGAGCGAAGCUUUAUUGACUUCAGAGUAACGAAUACAUUUCAGGACUUUAGAUUCUAUAUACAUACGAUUACUGGUCAUAAGCAGUUUUACGAUCGUAAGGAAAUAUAUAUCCACAGAAUCCAGUGAUGCAACCAAAUUUGGUUGCUGCGUAAUGUUAGAACGCAAUGUCCUCGACAACCCUAGGAGACCGGCGACUAACAUAUCGCAACCACGCGCCGCGAAAGAAGAGCAUUUAGCACAAAAGAAGAUUAUCUAUCAAUCAUGCUGAAAGAAGAAGCAGCAUAUAUUAGAAAGAAAUCCAUAAAUAUUUCAGUCGUCGGUAUCCUGGGC